UCUCCCAUGGCCAUUGGCAUUGGCAUUGCAGGAUACUUCCACCCAGCUUCCUUCCUCCCUCUCCUCUCCCCCAUGUAUUUCUUCUUGCUAGCCACAGCUUGCUUCUUCUCCUCCUUGCUCCACUGAACAUUGAUCCAGAGGCCGCGGUGUGCGCAUGGAACAAGCGCUGACGGGCGAGCAGAUGGCGGCGUUCCGGGAGGCCUUCUCCCUCUUCGACAAGAACGGCGAUGGAUGCAUCAGCUUGGAAGAGCUGGCCGCGGUGACUCGCUCCCUCGGCCUCGAUCCGACCAACCAAGAGCUCAAUGACAUGAUGUGUGAAGUCGACAUGGAUGGAAAUGGCACCAUUGAUUUCCAGGAGUUCUUGAGCCUCAUUGCCAGGAAGAUGCAGGAUGGAGAUGGAGAUGAAGAGCUCAAGGAAGCUUUCGAGGUCCUGGACAAGGAUCGGAAUGGUUUUAUCUCCCCUGUUGAGCUGAGGACGGUGAUGAUCAAUCUCGGGGAGAAGAUGACCGACGAGGAGGUUGAGCAGAUGAUCAGGGAGGCGGACACUGAUGGCGACGGGCAGGUGAACUACGACGAAUUCGUGCUCAUGAUGAAGAAUGCCGAGCGCUGAACAAAAUUAAAUAUGCUGUUUGCUCUAAAAAUAUACAUGCUGGCGAUAGAUGUGAUUCAUCUUAGAAGCUGUUUGUGCACUAUAUAAACGGCAAUUGCCACAUAUAUUUACACCACGUUCUUUGGUUCUUGCAA